AUGUGUCAUCAGGUAGCCUAUACCUUGCCGUGUGAGCACGUCAAGACGCAGAUAGUCUACUGUGCCAAUGCAAUCCUCGAAAAUAGUGCCGAGGGGGGUGAAGUCCAGGGCAGCUCUGCGGCCCGAUCUUCCUCGUCAUUCGCAAAGCCGAAACACAAGAAAAAGCCAGUUUCUGAGCCCUCGAGGUCCGAUAGGAAGAACCAAGGCUCGGGGUCGCCGAAAGCCAUGUCGUACAAGCAACCCUGCGCCAACUUGACAAUCCAGUCCUUGCCAUACCCGAUGCCGCCGUCUUUCGCAGAAAACCCCGACUUCUUCACGUCAUCCCUGCCAUCCCCCAACUGCCCACUGUCUGAUUGCCCAUUCGGAAUGAAAGGCCGGUGUUGGACUUGUUGUUGGUGCGGGAAAGGCGAGAAUAGAACUGGACGUUGUGGGUGCGUGAUGCUUGUCGAGGGGAAUAUGUUGCGAUGUGAACACUUGUGUUGUAACGAGUGUGAACCGACUAGCAUAAGAGACAGUGUGUAG